CAUAAAAUCAAAAAAAAAUAUUAAUAAUAAGUAGAAACAAGAAAUUGAAAAUCAAAAUAAUAGUAUUGAAAUGCGAUUUGAACAGUAGUAAAUAUAUUUUUUUGAAUUUCGAUGUAGAGCCUAGUUGAAGUAAAUAGGUGCUAAAUAUAUUUUCUGAUACGAACAGUUGUAUUCAUAACUUAUAUUUUCCGAUCAAUAAAUCAAACCAUUAGAUUCACGACGACUAUGAAUAAUUCUUUUUUAUUAUAAUUUAUAUAAACAUUUCAAUAUGGAUUUAAACACACAUCAAAAUCAGAGUUACUGGUUUGUAGUUCGAGAAGACCAAAGCAAUGUUAUAUUUAGCAGUAACAACUUUACUAUUCAAAACCCACCGAUUGCAGCCCAAGAAACAAGAUUUAUCGUCGAUACUUCUGAAAAUCGACAGUAUCUUCAAGUGUGUGGCCUUCAGACAAUUCCUGAAGAACCAAAUAAAGAUACUUGUGCGGCUGUAGAGUCAAAAGAAGAUGUUAAGUUUUGGGACAGAAAUAAAAUAAAAAUACUUCUUAACUUAUGCUUAGAUAACAGGUAUAUGUCUGAAAACUCAACCAUGAUAUGGGAUGAGGUUGCACUGCUAGUGGGAACAACUCCAGAAUUAUGUGAACAAAAGUUUAGAAACCUCAGACGAACAUAUAUUAGAUUAAUGAAGAAGAAACAAAUGGGAAAAGAAAUCAAAUGGAUACAUUAUAACUUAUGUGAAAAAAUCUUCAAAGACUUGGAUACCACAGUUGAAUCUAUAGAACCUUGGGAAGAUGCUAAGGUUAGGAGACUUUUGACACUUUACCUAGAAAAUAUUUGUAAAUUUAGAGACACAAAUUAUUCACAAAAGGACACUUGGAGAGAGAUUGCAGCUCAACUAAACACAAGUGAACAUAAUUGCUAUCACAAAUUUAAAAACUUGAAAAGAACUUAUUUUAACUGUUUAGAAAAAAGUCGAGAUACUGGAAAGAUAAUAAAAUGGAGAUAUCAUAAUUACUUUGAGAGAAUAUACUACAACUAUACACCUGACAUGGGGCCUUGGGACAAACACAAGAUUCUACAACUUAUAAAAUCUUAUGCUGAGAUAGCCCAUAAGUUCAGAGACCCAAAAUACCAGAAAAAAGAAUUGUGGAGAGAAAUAUCUAGAAAAGUUGGCGAGAGUCCCAGCCACUGCGACAGAAAAUUUAGGAACUUGAAACAAACCUUUGUUAGAUUGAAGAUGAGAGAAGAUGCCGGGAAAUCAAUAACUAAAUGGAGGUAUUAUAAAGACUUUCUAUCCAUAUAUGAGAAUAAAUCAUAUUCUCUUCUAAUUGAUGACAUUGAUGUUGUUUAUAAAAAUCAGGAACAAGAUUAUAUUAUGCAGUUGCUCAAUUUUUAUAUUGAAAAUAAAGAUAAGUUUAAUGAUCCACUUGUUAAGAAAAAGAACCUCUGGAGAAUAAUAGGUGCAAAAGUUGGUUUGACUCCAGUAGAAUGUGAUAAAAAAUUCAGAAACAUGAAGCAAACUUAUAUGAGGCUGGUUAAGAAACAACAAACAGGUGACAAGCCUAACAGUUGGCCAUAUUAUCCUUAUUUCGAACAAAUUUAUGGGGAACAUAUACCUAAAAAAGAACACGCUCACAUAAACAGCUGUAAUAUUGAUAUGAAUGUUGAAGGUAUCAGAAGUAUUAUACGUGAAGCUCAUGAAAUUAAAGAGCAAGAUAAAUUUAAUAGGCUGGUAAAGGCCAUAGAGGAAUCUAACAACAUACAAAGGGAACGGAAUAAAAUAUUACAAGCUCUACUGGAUAGAUGAGGGUUAUAUAUCCUACUAAUGAGUCAUUUGAUUGUUAUAAUAGUCCUGACAUUUUAAAAUAGGUACCUUUAUAUCUCACUUUGGGAUAAAGAAAAAAAGCGCAAAGGUACUUAGGAACAAAUAUCAUGAAUUUAAAAUGGAAAUGGGCUGGGUCUAUGGGUAGAGGAAGGGAAAAGUAUAACAUAAAGGUCACAGAAUGGUACCCCAGAAAUGGCAUAAGAAUCAGGGGAAGACCCAUCAAUGAUUGGAGGACGACCUGGCCAAAUUUACAGGAGCUACCUGGAGCAGAGUCACCAAAGAUAGAAGUGAGUGCAAAGGUUGGAGGAGGCUUAUCUAUAUAUCUAUCUACAAUCUGCAGAAGACUACCUCGAUUUUAUAUAGAUGGAAGAAAUUGUAAUUUUUAUUGUUGAAUAAAAAGGCUUUAUUAUUAUUAUACCUUUAUAUAGGUGAUACCAUUGACCAUGCAUUGACAAACUAUGAAUAACUAGACUCCCAAUCGCCUAUUAAAAGGUUGUCAAAUAUGUCAGAGCAGCAUUGUAUACACAUAUACAUUAACUUAUCCAAAAAAAAUUGUGAAAGAGGUGUCCGUCCUUUUACCUUUACCAGUAGGACUCUUCUUUGCACAGGAUGCCAGCUAGAUUAUGAGUACCACAACGGCGCAUAUUUCUGACGUGCAGCAGUAAUGUGUGAACAUUACUGUGUUUUGGUCUGAAGGGCACCAUAGAAAUUGCUGGGCAAAUGAGACUUAACAUCUUAUGCCUCAAUGUGAAGCGCUCUUCACGGUUCAGUUGUAGUGCCACUCAGAAUUUUUUCGGAUUUUCAAGAAUCCUGAGUGGCACUGCAUUGUAAUGGGCAAGCCGUAUCAAUUUCCAUCAGCCGAAUGUCCUGCUUGUCUCAUCCCUCAUUUUCAUUAAAAAAAACACACAUUUCACUGGAUUAGACUUGCUUCAGACAUUUUUUUAUUCUAGUUCUUUAUAGUAUGUCAAUGGGUGAUACAUACAUCUCUUAUUUGAUGGUAUUACCUAGAAGAUAGGUUCCGUAGCAGCAAAUAACAUAAAAUAAAAGUUCUUGUAGUUCAUUCUAACUUUGAUCGAUGUUUUAAUAAUAGUGUAUUAAAAAAUAUUACUUGUUAGAUCUCAUUCAAACUAAUUUUCGGUGGAAAUUUGCAUGGUAAUGUACGUCAUAUAUUUUCAUCAUUCUCUUAUGGACACACAUUCUAAUUUGGAAGUGUCUCUUGCGCAAACUAUUCACUUUAGAAAAAAAACAUUUUUGAAGACCUAUCCAUGUAUGUAUGGUUUUGAUUUAAAAAUAUAAUUUCGGAAAAAAGUGGCUGUGGCAUACGGACGGACAGACAGACAUGAUGUGCCAUAAGGGUUCCGAUUUUUGCCAUUUGGCUACCCGCUACGGACCCCUAAAAAGACAUGUACCUAUUUACUAUUAAGAAAUAAAAUUUGUUUAAAUGCCUAA